CAGACUGGUGGCUGUAUGGAACGAACCCCACAGGUCAAUGCAUUAAAUUUACUUGUGAAAAAUAAUUCGUUUGCUCUCUGUGGGAUUCGAACCUGAGCCUGGCCAGUACUUGAGUUCGAAGACAGGUUUUAUGGGUACAAGCAAUGCCUACCAAAGAAAGUGACAGGGUGCAAGAAGUAGUGACAGAUGACGCGGAUUUCCUUGGUCCAAGACACAAAGAUGGUCUAUGCAGAGAAAAUGAACAUUACAACGACACGCGGCAAGAUUUUGAAGAGUGCUGUAAUGUAGACGUUCGCUCCGGGAAACAGAACUUCUGUUGGUGCAACAAGGGUUACGUACGGGAUUCAUUCCAUAAUUGUAUAAAAAUUGAAGAUUGCCCGAAGGAUGAAGAACACAGAUCAAAGAUUUCGCCAUUCAUUGAAGUCAACGUUCCCUCAAUGCCUCCCGGAAAAAGUGCAGUAGCGACAGGGGACGCGAACUUCCUCGAUCAAAGACACAAAGAUGGUGUAUGCAGAGAAAAUGAACAUUACAACGACACGCGUGAAGAUUGUGUAGAGUACUGCCAGGGUGGCCCUGCAAGCGUUUGCUCCGGGGAACAGAACUUCUGUUGGUGCAACAAGGGUUACGUACGGGAUUCAUUCCAUAAUUGUAUAAAAAUUGAAGAUUGCCUGAAGGAUGAAAAACAGAGAUCAAUGACUUUGUCAUCCAGUGACGACAACGAUUUUUCAAAACAGCUGGAAGCUCUUCGGAAAGUAGCUUCAGAUUUUCCAGUUUUACAAAACUCCAUAGACAUCAAUACACGAGUGCAACAAUUCAGCCGAAGAAUUGUUCAAGACGUUCUCGAUUUCGCGUUUGGAGUCGCUGAAAACCCUUCGGAUGUAAAUAAACUCUUCAAAGCUACACAAGUACUACAGGAGUUUAGCGGAUCAACCCGGGUCAACAAAAUUUGAUUUGUUUUAAAUCAACCAAAAAUUUUAAGUUAUUUUUAUUCAAUUUUAUUUUUUCUUUAUAUUCAAUAAAUAUGUAAAAUUUAAUCUAGUUUUGCCCUUACUAUUUUUUAUUUAGACUAUUUUCAGACUUAUUUUUAAUCACUUUUGGUGUGUUUUUGUUCUAAUCCAGGCAAAGAUCAGACUUUUUCUGUAAAUUAUUUUUAGUCCGAUUUUGAUUUAAAUAAGAUCAAAAACAGAUUAGAAUUUUUUUUAUAUUUAUUAUAAUAAAUAAUAAAAACAAAAAAUUAAUGAAUGUAUAAUUUUAUUUUACAUAUUAAUGUCAACUGAUGUUCAUUUUAUUAAAUAAAGUUACUCAAUAAACAUAUAGACAUUAUUUAAAAAGAGUUUUUCAUCAUCUUCUUCCUUUUCUUUUAAUAGUGCUGUCCUAGUAACUGAGACUUUCUUUGAGCAUCGAUUCUGAGAAAUAUCAACUAUUUUCCCUCUUGAUUCUUCUACCUCCAACUCAUUCAGUUCCUUAUCAUCAUCUAUUAGAUAUUUUAUGGAUAAAGAAAUUUACUUUGAUAAGUUGAUAUUCAGUAUGAAAGAAAAUUUCAAUUUACAGAAUAAUUAGUGAAAAACUUGGUACUAAAAAAUAAGUUAUCCUAAGCAACUCAAAGAUUCUGCGAAAAUGAGUAAUUUGCUUUAUUGAAAGCGUUUUAUAUAUAAGCUAUAAAUUUAAAUUCACAAAAUAAUUUUAAAAGAAAUAGUCAUACUUCCAUUUAUGGAGAAAAUUAAUCACUAUUCUAUUAAUCGCUACAUAUUUUACUGAAAAUAAUAAGAAUGAAUAAAGAUCAAUAUUACUUACUGCUCAUGGAAAGUGAUACGAGGGCAACAAGAUGUACAGGUUUCUUGAUAUUUGUAACAUGCUGUUGCUAUUUCGGAAUGCAAUGUCACAAAGGAAUGUGUUGAUGGUUUUUAACACCAGAAUAUUUUUCGACUCUGUCCAGUUAAUUAAAGAAAACUUCCUUGAGUUUUUAAUAGCAAGUAUAUACUUCAAUUAAAAUAUAUAAAUAUUCUAUCAAGACAACUAAAAAAUACAGCUAUCAAAUUAUUAUUAACUGCCGACAUUUUGAAACAAAAGAUACUAAUUAAAUAGUAUACAGAACAUAAUCAAUUCUGGAACUUAGAAUAUUUUUUGUAAGUUUUUUCGAUAUAUAAAUCAAAUUAUUACAAGUACACAAAUUAAUCUAGUUUUGUCCUUCUGUAUCGCAAUUGUUUUUAAAAACAGUAGAUCAAAAACAGCUUGAAAUUUUUAUAAAAGAUCCGAAACAGAUCAAUUAGUUCAAAUACAGACCAAUUUGUCCAAAUUCAGUCCAGUUAGACUAAAAUGAGAUCAAAUUUUUCGACCCGGCAAUCCAUUAAGAUAAUCUUGAUUUGGUGUUUGGAAGACCUGGCGAUCUUUCUGCUAGUAAUAACAACGGAGAACAUGAAUCACCAAUUCCAAAACCUUAUGAACCACUUGACUAAGAUCAUCCUCUGUCGAUAUUUAGAUCUCGUGAGGAACCACCAGCAGAAGCUUGAAUCGACGUGAAAGAGUCUUCAUAAUAUAGUUAUAAGAAUAAUUCGUAGUGUUCGGAGACUCACAAACGUAAAAAUCAGUGUAGUAUAACCUAGUAAAUAAGUGAACUAACAUACGAUUACGAUACCAUUUUUUUGUAAUACAAUAAGAGACAUAAAUAAAAAAUAGUUUUCGAAAAGUAAAAUUUCUGAUUUUAUUUUGUAAUUGACAUCAACAACCCUAUAAGUAUUACAUAAAAAGAACUGUAUAAGAUUCUAGCAACAUGCAAUCCUACAUGAAUUGUUCUUAUCAUUAUCCAUAGAAUGAUUCUCGUGUAUGCAGAGGAAUCUAUCUUAUACAUUUUUAAGUCAAACUUAAGUUCUACUAGAAUCCUAGUAGCUGGGACAAGAAUAUCAUCAAGUUAUUUUCUUUACCGUUUAACGAACACUCAUAUUCUCUGGUAAUUUGAAAUCUUUCAGAGUUGUUUUAUGAUGCCCGGAUUGUCAUGUUGAAAAUUUCAUAGUGGCAAUCACUACUAGUAGAGCUGGCCAAAUCAUGAAUGGAAUCUUCAUACAUUCCCAACUAUUUCGUACUAGUAAUGUGUGUCAAGUAGAAAAUUUCGGUGUUGAGGAAUUCAAACAUGAUUGUUCAGACAGUAGUGUGAAUGUGUGUCCCUUCCCACACAUUUCAACCCUACUUUGCGUAUUGAAAUAUUCCCGUAGUACGUAUUCUCUACAUGGCUAAUUUGAAUACUGGCAGAACAAAAUCUACCUUUUUUAGAAUAAGCCCCUGCCAUGGAUGUCAUGCACUCACUCUUGUUUCAAAAUGACCUUCUGGACUAUGGAGUGGGGUUCCAAAGUCAACUUCUAAAGGGUUACUUUUGUGCAAAUUCGUAUUGUCUCUAAAAAUCGCAAGUCUUUUACAAAAUAAUGUAUCUAUGUAACAAGUUUUACUAAAAAUGUAUUCAAUUUUUCAGCUUUCAGGGCGAGAAGUAUAGUCUUCAAGUUUUCUAAAAUAUGCAGAACAAAGAGACUACUUUCGUGUUGCUUUAAUGAGGACGCAAGUAGGCAAAAUAAGCUGGUUCUGUUGACGUCAUUCCAAACCACCGGUAGGUAUCGUUAUCAAUUAAACCUACAACGCAAAAUGAACAACAGGAUAACCGCACUUGGACCUGCGCACAUUGAAUGCCUAAAUAAAGGAUCGAGUAUCGAAAACUAAAAACAAUAUUAGCCGAUGCUUACGUUACUUACAUUAUGAAAGUAUGGC